CCGACAGCCCCGCGCCCUCCCGCAGCCUGGCGGGGACACCCGGACGGCACGGCCCCGGGCGCGGUGGCUCCUGCAAAAUGGCCCCUCACUGGGUGCUGCUCCUUCUCUCCUUGGUGGGAGCCGCGGAGCUCUCUGUGGGCCAGGAGGACGAUCUGAGCCUGGCGGCGACCCUGGCCCCACCCAACGCCUCGCACUUCUUCUGGAACAACUACACCUUCUCCGACUGGCAAAACUUUGUGGGCCGGCGGCGCUACGGGGCUGAGUCCCAGAACCCCACGGUGAAAGCCCUGCUCAUCGUGGCUUACUCCUUCAUCAUCAUCUUCUCGCUCUUUGGCAACGUCCUGGUCUGUCAUGUAAUCUUCAAGAAUCAGCGAAUGCACUCUGCCACCAGCCUCUUCAUCGUCAACCUGGCCGUCGCCGACCUAAUGAUCACGCUACUAAACACCCCCUUCACUUUGGUCCGCUUUGUGAACAGCACGUGGGUGUUCGGGAAGGGCAUGUGCCACGUCAGCCGCUUCGCCCAGUACUGCUCCCUGCAUGUCUCAGUACUGACGUUGACAGCCAUUGCCGUGAACCGACACCAGGUCAUUAUGCAUCCCUUAAAGCCCCGGAUCUCCAUGACAAAAGGUGUCCUCUACGUGGCAGUCAUCUGGACCUUGGCUACCUUCUUUUCACUCCCACAUGCUCUCUGCCAGAAACUAUUUACUUUCAAGUACAGUGAGGACAUUGUCCGUUCCCUGUGCCUGCCAGACUUCCCUGAGCCAGCUGACCUCUUCUGGAAGUACCUGGACUUGGCCACCUUCAUCCUGCUUUACAUCCUACCCCUCUUCAUCAUCUCUGUGGCCUAUGCCCGUAUAGCCAAGAAGCUAUGGUUGUGCAACACUAUCGGCGAUGUGACCACGGAGCAGUACCUGGCCCUGCGGCGCAAGAAGAAGAAGACCAUCAAGAUGCUGAUGUUGGUGGUGGUCCUCUUUGCCCUCUGUUGGUUCCCCCUUAACUGCUACGUACUUCUCUUGUCCAGCAAGGUCAUCCAUACCAACAAUGCUCUCUACUUCACCUUCCAUUGGUUUGCCAUGAGUAGCACCUGCUAUAACCCCUUCAUCUACUGCUGGCUUAACGAGAACUUCAGGGUGGAGCUGAAGGCAUUACUGAGCAUGUGCCAGAGGCUGCCCAAGCCUCAGGAGGAGCAGCCACCCUCCCCAAUCCCUUCCUUCAGGGUGGCUUGGACUGAGAAGGGCAAUGGCUGGAGGGCUCCAGCUGCCAACAGCCUCUUGCCCUCUCCCCAACUGCAGUCAGGGAAGACAGAUCUGUCCUCUGUGGAACCCAUCGUGGCAAUGAGUUAGAGGAGGGUGGGAAGAGGCAGAGGGAGGGCAUUGUCUCCAGUUGAGACUGGGAAGGGGGCUGAGGGCAGAUCCUGGAAAAGAACCUGUCCUCUCAUAUGUGAUUAUCAUGCCGGAAACAAGUUCCUUCAGAAGCUGUAAGACUCUUGAGUUUCUAGGAAACUGCUUAGCUUCCUAAGCCACAUUUGAUGUAAAAACUAAAAGGCACCUACCAACUAGAUAUAUGUUUAUGAAUUCCUGUCUCAGAAACGCUAUGAGGCAUAUCAGCCUGGUUCCCUGAGCGAGAGAACAGGAUAACUUCAGCACUGAUGGAGGCUGAGUUAGUCAACUGCCUCCGACUGUCAGGCAGUUGUCUCACUACCUUCCCUGCCACUGAGCAUCCAUAGAGGGCACCUGAGUCAUAUUUGGGGUGUGGCUGACCCAGAUGCACAGAGCUGUGCUUGGAGAUGGUUCAUUGGCCGUUACAAGGUUAGUGAGCCGGAGCUUACAUGGAUGUUUAUACGCCUCGCUUUCCGAAGUCAUUGGACCAAGGUGAAUCACAAUUCUGUGGUGGCCUCGCCUGAUAUAUGACAAGAAAGGACCAAUUUGGUUCCUUAAAAAAAAAAAAGUUAUUAUUAAAACUUCGGAAGAUUCAGAAAAGCACAAAGAAGAAAAUAAAAAUCAUCCCCUUCUCCUACCAACUUGUGAUAAGUUGUUAACUGUGGUUUAUUUGCAAUUUUUUCUUUUGUAUGUGUGCUUUUCAUUUCAUUAUGAAUUACACUUUUCCAUGCAGAGAUAAGCCAGAAAUGGGCAGAGCAGAGAACUCGGGAGUGUCUCUCCCAGGAACAGCGUCUACCAGAAGAGCUGGAAGAAGAGGUGGGAGAGGAACCCAAAGAGAAGACUGUCAUGGAGCAGACAUACAACCUUCACCUUGUUGUCAGUGGUGAGGGGCCUGACUGAGGUCCCUCUUUUCAGAUGGUGCCAUCCUGAUGAGCCAGAGAACAAAACUCACCCGAGAGCUGUAAUUCCUUUUCUCCUGCAAUCACACAGAGCAAGGAGUGGGAAACAUUGCCCUGCUUUCACAGCGAAUGAGGGGGUAGGCUUUUCAACAUGCUGGAAAUCAUUGUGUUUUGACACGUCACCCCCAACCAGUUAGGCCAUUUCUCUGUGUUGUCUGAAUAAUAAGGUUCUUCACUGUCCACACCCUGGCAGCUCAUGCGUCACUUAGAGAAACCUGUGGCAUCCUGAUAAUCCUUAAGGACUCAACUUGCCAGAGAAAUCACAUCCCAGAAGCUGAGCAUUUUUGUCACCUUCCUCCUAGUCCUAAGUGACCCACUGUCACACAGAAGAGAGAGAUGUCAGGCAGAAUAGAACUUAAUUCCCCAGCCCUUCUCAAUGGCCACUGUCACUGGUUUUAGGUUUCUUUCUAGCGCCAGAUAGAUCCAGAGAACAAAGCAUGGAUAUGGAGCUAAGUGGAAACCUGAGGUUUGGGGAGAAGGGGUUUGUUUAAGGUUCGUUUAGAUCUGGUAGCUGUUAACCAAAACUGAAGUUAAUCAUGUCACUUGCUUCCCUAUAAUGAACCAUGAGGUUUUGUUAUACUACUUAUGAGGAUAUUUGGAAAUUUCAGGAUAUAAAGUUUGAAAAAUCAUCUUCUGAACAGUGGGUAAAAAAGUGACUUUCAUGGCGCAGAGAGAGCUUUCUGAGCCUGUAGGGAUCCCCAGAUGGAUUUUUCUGGCCAAAUGGCUCCCUUAUCUGUGUCUGUUGUCUCUGUAGUGUCGAGAGUCUUAACGCUGCCACAGAAAUUCUAUGAACCAGAAAGAGAACAGGCGGAAGGGCCACAAUGUCACUUAGCUUUGCCCCUCUCUCUGAGAAUAUCUAGAAAUAUGGCUGAGUCACAGAGAAGCCUUUUCUGGGGAAGGACUCACUAUUGGCCCCCUUAGGUCUGUCUCCUGCCUGUACCUUGUCUGCAUCUCUCCCCAUGUUCCCUACAUGCCUCAGAGCAAAAGAGUGACUUGUA